AUGUCUUUUCUCUUCGCAACACUUCGAUUGAUUAAUACAAACUUUUUGUUAUCAUCAUCGAAACGAUUAUUUCAUUUGACGCAGCCGGUUGGAUUAAAAAAAAUUUCGGAAAAAAUCGAAGGCAAUGUGAUAACAUACGAAGGAGAAUAUAUUGAUGAUAAUGAAAAAAAUGUUUUGAAAUUAUCUGGACCAGAAGAGGUUUGCAUUUGGUGCAAACUCGAUCGUCGAUCUAUUCAUAUUCAGCAUACAGAUGUUCUUGUACUUCGUCAAUAUCUUCGGAAAGAUGGCACGAUCAUUCCUCCGGAAAUAUCUGGUUUGUGUCCAAAACAAAAUGAAAAAUUGCAUUCAUUGAUACGGCAGGCUCGAAUGACUGGUUUGAUAUCGUAUCCAACUGUAGCUGUAACUAAACGUGAACCACUACUUGUUGAUCCAACAUUAAGACCUGAAUUUGAACGAAAUAACUCAUACUGGGAAAAAUACGAAGUUCUACAGAAGAGAGGUCAUUAUCUAGGACAAUAA